AUGUCUGAAAAUCCAAAUUUCGAAGAACGUCUUCUGAAUUCCUACCGUGAUGCUCUCUUCAAAUUGAAAGAUGAAAAUGAGGGACCAGAAAAUGUUUGGGGCGAUUUGUCCCAAAUUUUAUUGGAAGCUAUUGGGAAGAAUCAUGAAUUGGAGAAGCUGAAAAUCGAGUUGAGUUGCAACAGGAGAAAGCAAAGAAUUUGGAGAUUUUUUGGAAUUUCAACUAUUUUUUUUUGUAUGUUUUCCAGAACCGGCUCUCUUGAAAAUCAAAUUCAACUUGAGGGUGCUCAAAUCGCCGAUUUGCUCAACAUCCUCCAAUCCAAUCACUCUUAUCAGGAGAAUUUGAAAUUGAAGGAUAAAAUCAGCGAGUUGGAAAUUGAUCUGGAAUGGUACAAGGAGAAGGAUGAGUACAGAAACAUUGAGGGGGCAAUUGAGAAGUUGAAAUUGGAGGGACCAGAGGACAAAAGUGACAAAAAGGAUGAUGAAUCUGAAGAUUCUUGGACAUCUUGGGAAGAUGAAGAGAAAUCGAAAAGUGGAGAUAGUUUUAGUGAUAUGGAUGAUAUUAAGGGAUAUGGAAUAUUCGAUUAG